CGCAUGGCUGAUGCUAAUGAUGCGGACGCCCAUGGAUGCUACAGCAUAGCUUGCUGGGCUAUAAAAACGAUGUGAAGACAAACGCCAUUUCAUGUCGGCGUUCUGGACGGUGCUUGCAUCUGACGCUGCAUGUGUCUUUGCGAAAUAUUUCACAGUGCCGGCGUACCUUACGCAGAUUUGGGCACUGAGGAUUUCUGAGUGGGUCUGCAUUUACGGUGUAUUUCCUGUUUUUCAGGCCACGAUGGUUAUUACGGUAAACAUUCACGAAGCCGCGUUUAAUGGCGACUACCGGCAACUGAACAUCGCUCUUGACAACGGUCAGAGCCCCUGUGAGAAGGACAACACAGGCACGUCUACCAUGCACAAGGCGGCCGCUAACGGACAUCUGGAGUGUCUACAGCUGCUUUCCCAGCGCGGCGGUGAGUUGACCCAGCCGGACAUCACCGGCUGCACGCCGCUGCACGCCGCGGCCAGGAACGGUCACCUCAAGACCGUGAAGUGGCUUGUGGAGGCCGGCAUUGACAUAAACUUGCAGUCCCAAAAGGGGAAGACAGCAAGGGACGUGGCCAAAGCAGCCGGCUACUUCGAGGUGGCCAAAUUCCUCAAAGAGGCCGGACGAGAGAAAUUUGAUUGGGAGAAAGCCGACAAAUAUGGAAAGUUGAACUUCGUGACCCGCUAAGCAGUAUGCCAUCAGCGCGGCCCUAGCUGUUAUGCCGUCAUUUCAAGUAAACUGUUCAUGUUGGGUAGGAUUGCUACACGGGAACAACUGUUGAUCACCUUGUUUGCACUUUUCGGUGCUUUUCGAUAACCAAGCAAUAACAGUCAGAACCAAAGAACGGGUCGGUAAUGGUGUCAGCCCUCGAACAAACUCUUGAGUUGCCCAUACACAAAUGGAAAAAUCAGGAAGGUCUGGAAUUUUAGGGGGGAAAUGUAUAAAUAACAGAGAUCAGUGGUUGCCCUCCACCGUGACUAUCACAAAUGCUCAUUACGCGCACACAUUUUACUGCUUUGGUUUCGGUCAGGUAAGGGUAGCACAAGAUUUUAAGCCCAGUACAAGAUACUCGCCUAUAAUGAUUGCAGGCCUAGACAUAAUGUCCUGGAAAUAGCAUAGGAACCUGUCCGGUAAAUUUUCCACGUAGGCCCUAUAUCGGUUCAGUAUCACGUAUGUGUAUUCACCACACCGCGCACAAAGCAGCUGAAGUAUAAUUAUACAGGCUUCAUAAUUCAGUAACCCCGCCUUUUACAUGCUGAAUAUACAUGAAUUUAGGAUUUCCGGGAACUUGCAGAAUUGAAUUUUGUCCGAAAUGACUUUGUCUGUGUGGGAUGUUUUAUCCCCCCUUUGUGACUGGCGAGCUCUAUGACGUUGUGGAAUCCUGCCCAGUAAAAAAAAAAAUGGGUGCAAAUUUCGAUUGGGUUGCAUGGGGCAACCUCGACCUGGUGACGCGCCGUGCGUGUGGCGUGUACCAAAGACUCUUGGGACGAGGUUGUGCCAGUAUGAUGUAUGCUACUCGAACAGAUCCUAUGAAUUCGCUUUAUUUUGGGAUCAAGGACGGUGAGAGUGGAGAAGAAAGGGAAACCGGUGGAGCUAUGAGUCAAAAUUAGUUGUAUGGGAAAAUUGGCAGUUUCGAUAUCGAUUUUAUUUUUUGUUACAUCAGUUUUGGAAAAUAUUUACGGUUGCUGUUUUAUCAAUAGUUGAUUCAGUGUUAAACAUCAUUUAAUUUAUACAUCCGAGUCCGCUCAAAGCCGAACCUUUUCUUGUAUUCUGUGUGUAAUGAAAUCCCUCAGAAACACAACAGGUGCAUUUUGGACACUAAAAUAAACAUACUAUGCAGGGUUCUCACAAGAAAAUAUACCAUGCAGGGUUCUCACAAGAAAAUAUACUAUUUCUUCCCGUGAUAUCAGAGUAGAAAAUAUUGUACUGAGCAGAGUCUUAAAUCUGUAUCAAAAGAGCUUCAGUGGUUGAAAAGCAUGUAAGUAAAAUAAAGAUGUAUCUGCAUUUAAAGAAAGAGAUUCUGAAAGGUUGUUUUGGAAUAUCUUUUCAGUGCAAGUAAAAAGCACGCCAUCAAGGAGUCGCCGGUUGUAGAUUCUGGAUUUAUGUAACUCACAAAAUAUCCUCAUAAUUAUGCAAUAAUAUUUGCAGUCCACUCGAGAACGA